AUGCAGACUAAAGACAUCUCUGUGUCGGACAUCAAAGUCAGUGACAUGUGCUUUGGAGGUGACGGCAAUCACAAAUACCUGACUCUCAAGUAUACGGACAUCGACUACACCAUCUUCAGCGACGGGGCCCGACAUGUGUGGGCCGGACGCUCGCCAUACCUGAGGGACACCUACCGAUACACACCACUCAUUGCCGCACUUCUUGUGCCUAAUAUCACUCUAUGGCCACAGUUUGGGAAAGUCUUGUUUUCGGUGUUGGAUGUCGUGACCGGCGCUCUUGUCUAUCACAUCUGUGGCCACCAUUUGGACCAACGAAGAGCCAAAUGGUGUGCCAUUAUAUGGCUCUACAAUCCNGACGUUUCAUACGUGAAUAAGUUCUACAACUUCUGGUAUGACUUCGACUCGUGGCGGGAGUACUCGUGGUUGGACGAGGAGGAGAAGGAAAAGGGAGAGAAUCGGGAGGAGAGGCGAUGGAUGGAGAAGCAGAACAAAGCCGCGAGGGCUCAGCGCAAGAAGGAGGAGAUGCAACGCAUGCGACAACUCGUCGACAACGCCUACCAAUGCGACCCUCGGAUCGCGCGAUUCAAAGAGGAGGAGAAGCAGAAAAAGUUGUCCCAAAAGUUGGCGAAACAACAGUCCAUUCGUGAGAAACAGUUAGAAGAGGAGCGACUGAAACGAGAGGCCGAAGAGAAGCAAAGGUUAGAGAAAUUGGAAAAAGAGAAUGAAUUGAAGGCUAAGAAGAAUGAGGAGAAGAAACAGAAAGAGUUUGUGAAGAAACAGAUCCGAAAAGAGCGCAAACUAUUGGAGACUAUGUUUGAAACAUACGAUUAUUUCGCCAAAAAUGAGUCCAAAAGAAUUGAUAAUUUGAAAGAAUUCGACAAAAUUAUCAAAAUCUAUAGUUUAGAAGAAUUGCAAACAUUUCGAGAAGAGUUCUCGCGAUUAGAGAGCGAAGACUCGAAACGAGACUUUUUCCUCAAGAAAAUCGAUGAUUUGAACUCAAAGUUAGAUUCGGAGCGCAUCGGCCUCUCGUCGGCCAAUAACUCAACCAAUGGUCAGACGAAUAACAUUUCAUCCAAAAAGAACUGGAGUUACGAUGACAUCCAACUGCUGAUCAAAGCUAUUAAACUAUUUCCUGCGGGAACUCCAGACCGAUGGGCAGUGAUUGCGAAGUGGGUUAACGAUAAAUCCACGUCUGGAGUGGUUAGAAACCAUAGGGACGUCAUCGCCAAAGCUAAGGAUUUACAGAAUAACGAUCAGUCGCAAUCGCUUAAAGAAGAGGCCAAUAAGAAUGCUUACAAAAAACUGGACGAUUCGCACGCAAACAAGACAACAGCGCCGGUAGUCUCGGAUACAUCGACUCCGAGUCAGAGGUUUGACGCGCCGCGCACUUUGGUUGACCUGAACGCCAACCCCUGGAAUAACGAGGAACAGCAGCUCUUAGAGCAGGCGAUGAAGACAUACCCGACAUCACUGGGCAUCGAGAGAUGGGAUCUGAUCUCGAAGUGCAUCCCAAACCGAUCGCGAACUGAUUGUAUCGCAAGAUAUAAAUAUUUAGUGGAUUUAGUGAAAUCCAAGAGAGACGCCAAGACUGCUAUUCACACGAAUAAGAAAUGA